UUUUGAAAAGUUUUUAAUUUGAAUUGUCAGGAAAUAUUAAAAAUGGUUACCAGUUUUUUAACUAACAUUUUGGCGAAAUUAACGGCUAUAAUUGCCGGAACUUCCAUCCAGCCAGUACGAUAUCCAUCGAGUGUCAUGCCUGCGGAUAUAAUUGUAGAUUUUAUAGUGGUUGGUUCCGGCUCGGCGGGCAGUGUAGUGGCGGGGCGACUCUCCGAGGUGCCGGAAUGGGAUGUGCUGGUGUUGGAGGCCGGAGGACAACCCCCGGCUUUUGCCAAAAUUCCAGGCCUCAACUUUGGCGCCGAGUUUCCAAACUCGUCUUACACUUACGAAUACAAGACGCCUCCUCAGAAAUACUCCUCCAAAUUUAGGAUAAACCAAGCAGUCGAGUACACGAGGGGGAAAGUGAUUGGUGGAACAGGCACCAUCAACCAGAUGAUGCAUCAUCGCGGCAAUCCUCAGGAUUACGGAAACUGGGCAGCGCAAGGCAAUCCAGGCUGGGAUUAUGAAACUGUCCUGAAGUAUUUCAAGAAAUCCGAAGACUACCAGGGUCCUCUCAAGUCCCGAGAUGCGCCGUUCCGUGGGUUCGGGGGACCUCUUGGGGUGGAGAAAAUUCCCUGGAUGCCUCCAGCGGGGCGAGUGGCCAUCGCAGCGGGCGAGGAGAUGGGGCUGCGGGAGGUUGACUACAACACCGACACUAAUAUUGGCAGUUCCGUUUUCCAACUCGCGAUCAAGAACCGCGAGCGAAUGUCAUCAGCCGACGCGUUUCUGUUGCCAGGCCUACGUCGUCGAAACCUCAAGUUACAAACCAACUCACAAGUGAUAGAGAUCAUCUUGAACGCAGACAACAAGGCUAUUGGAGUGAAAUAUGUUCACAAUCACAAGGUGAAGCGAGCGUUCGCACAACGAGAAGUGAUCAUAUCAGCAGGUGCUGCUGAUUCUCCCAAGCUGCUGAUGCUGUCAGGGAUUGGACCUAAGGAACACUUGGAAAAGUUAGGGAUCAAAUCUCGAGUCAACCUGCCAGGAGUUGGACAAAAUUACCAAGACCACGUCAUGGUCUAUGGAAUAAGUUGGACCAUUCAUCCCAACGUCUCGUCUUCAAUUUUUUCCCGUAUUGGAAUAAAAGCCAUGCUGAACUAUAAAGAAAGGAGAUCAGGACCGUUGGCCUCUCCUCUCGGAGUUUGCGCUUUGUACCACCUGAACAUCGGCAGCCCUCAGGAGCCUCAUGUUCCGGACACUCAAAUCAACAUGGGCUGCGCACUGGAAGGCCAGGAUUACGGGCUCAUGGCCCUCUCAGGAUACCAGCAAUCGGUUCGAGAUUAUUAUCGGCCCGUUUUCGGGAGAGAUGGAUUCUCAAUGAUCCCAAUGCUCGCCAGACCCAAGAGUGUUGGUUCGAUAACGCUCAGGUCGAGGAACCCGCUUGACCCGCCCAUCGUUGAUCCCAACUGCCUAAGUCAUCCCGAUGAUCUUUCUCUUAUGAUCAAAGCAGCCAAAGCGUCUCGCAAACUGGGUAAUGCGAAGGCCUUCCGUCGAGCGCUCGGGGCUGAGCCUUUCCGUGAUCCGAUUCCUGACUGCGCGCAUUUCGAGUUCGAGUCUGACGACUACUGGCGCUGCUUCGUCGUCGGGAUGAGCACAGUCACUGCUCAUAUGACCGGCACCUGCAAGAUGGCUCCCGACUCUGACCCCAUGGCAGUUGUGACGCCAAGACUUAAUGUACGAGGUGUCAAGAAUCUACGAGUCAUCGACGCGUCCAUAAUGCCCUCUAUUACAUCAGGCAAUACGAACGCCCCCACGGUCAUGAUUGCUGAGAGAGCAGCUGACCUCAUCAAGGAAGAUUACGGCAAGAUCUGAGGCCAUACUUUCAAAACUCGCUAAGUGAACCACCAUACGAGUGAUGGUCUCGUU